CGAUUUUCUAUCGCAUACACUCGUUCCUCGAUCCAUAAUAGCGAAUCCCUGUUCGCAUCUGCUUACGACGACGAGCAGGCGAAAUACACAAAACCACAUCACCACCUGAGCAUACAUCAAAUCGUACCCAGACAACAGCUAGGUGUGGGGUUGAAGAGCGAGGACUACAAGGAGCGAUAAGGGAAUAACAAAAGGCCAUACCGUAUCCCAAGAGUCCUUCGAGGCGAAAGCAGCCAUCACGAUGGCCCCUACAAUACCUACCGAAGCCCUCCGCGGGCUCGACAUCCCUCGAAACCCCAAUGCGGCCAUAGUAUCGGCAGCGAAGCGCACGCUCGCCGAGGCAGGCCCCCGUGUCCUCCGCGCUGCCGGGCCAACGAUCGUCUUUCGGCGGGCCAGCCUGGCGCUGACGUCGGACGCGCAGCGCAUCACAGUCGGUGUCUUUUGCGGCUACUUCCUCGCCAUCGUCAUCCUCUGGUACUUUCCCGUGCGUUUUGUGCGGGCGCUCCUCAAGCCGUUCAAGCUGCAAGCGGUGGCGUUCCACGAGCUGGGCCACGCGAUCGCCUGCAAGCUCACGUGCGGGCGGGUGCACCACAUCACGCUCGACAUCAACGAGGGUGGCGCGACACAGAUGAGCGGGGGCCUGGGCGCCGUCACGUACCCGGCUGGCUAUCUGGGCAGCUCGCUGGUCGGGUCGCUGAUGAUCUUUUGCGGGUUCGACAUUGUGGCCAGCAAGGUUGCGAGCCUGGUGAUUGGCGUGCUGUUCCUGUUGUUGCUGUGGUGGGGCGGCGAGAAGAGGUGGAUCGCCCCGGCCAUCAUCUUGUUCAACACCGGCCUCCUCGUGGCGUGUUGGUUCAUUGCGGACUCCGAGGCCCUGCGCUUCUAUGUGCUUUUUGUCGGUACCCUGACAGCCACAUACAGUGUCUGGGACAUCUUCGACGACUGCAUCAGGCGGGACGUCGAGGGGUCUGAUUCGCACCAGAUGGCCAGGAACGCCAGGGAGAGCGGUCUGUGUAUGUGCUUCUGCGUCAGCAACGGCAGGGUGUUGGGAAUCAUCUGGUGGUUCAUAUCACUGGGCCUUAUCGUCGCCGCGAUUAUCUGCGGCAUUCUUGCGUUCCCGGAGUCCGAGUCGACGCAGAGGACGAACUCGGACAAUUUCAUCGACGCGACGUCUUGAGGGAUGGAUAGGAGGGGGCAUUUUCCUUGGGAAUCUGGCUUGCUGAUAGGGGAUGCCAUGUCCCUGUUUAGUAGGAUGGCUGAGGCGCUACUGACAAGCCCUGAGGCUUAGAGUGUCAGUACUUGGCUGGUUGGUGAGGUGGUGACCGUUGUACGGCACUGUCUUUAUGUUUGGUUUUUUAUCGCUCUUAUUCGCCGAGAUUCUUGUUCUGUAUGAUACCCACAAAUGAAUAAUGCGUUCUUACCACC